AUGGGUCUGAGGAGCGUACAGAGAAAGCGUCAUAUCAUCAACAUUGGAACCUCGACGUCCACAAGAUGGGUCCGCCGCACCAUGCGGACCAUGCGACAAUUCUUAAAGACGCGGUGGUCUCCAGGGAUCAGACUCUUUGCCAAGAUCGCCAUGGUGUACGGCGUCUCGGUGUCACUAGUGGUACUCUCCAUGCUAUACUACUACCAGGCGCUGGACUUCAACUCCAACCUCAAGUACAGCGUGUCUAUCGGCACUGAACUCCGCCAGAGGGCGCUGUUGAGCAGCCAAGACACGUGGAACAGAAGUCUGGAAAGCCUGACGAGGCUGUGGGACGAAAGCCUGGAGGGCCUGCCCAGGAUUGAAAUUAAGAUCAGCAAAAGGUGGCGCUGGCCCUUCUCUUCUUCAAGUAACCCCUUCAUGUCGAGAAUAGAGCCGCAUUUCAACAUGACACGGAUAUACGCCAUCCAGUGA